CUAUUGUAGCUUCAACCAUUAGACUGACUCAGCUUUUAUAUUUGUUCUAUGAAUGUAAUGCAGCAGCAGAAAUUCUGAAGGUUGGAUCUUCAGUUUGAAAUUGUUUCAAUUCAUUAUCUCUGCUGCGAAAGGAUGUCGCCGAACAAUUCCCAAUAGUCUUUACACCAUGAAUCAACCAGUGAAGGAUCCUCUAUCAUCCAGAUUUACAUGGAGAAUCGAGAAUUUUUCUAGGUUGAAUACGGUGAAGCACUACUCGGAGAUUUUCAUUGUCGGCGGUUAUAAAUGGCGUGUGCUUAUUUUUCCAAAGGGGAACAAUGUGGAUCACUUGUCUUUGUAUCUAGAUGUUGCUGAUUCAGGAAGUUUGCCAUAUGGGUGGAGUAGAUAUGCGCAGUUUAGCUUGGUGGUGAUUAAUCAAAUUCAUACCAAGUACUCGGUGAGAAAAGAUACUCAACACCAGUUCAAUGCACGAGAAAGUGAUUGGGGUUUCACAUCCUUUAUGCCCCUUGGUGAACUCUAUGAUCCUAACAGAGGGUAUCUUGUGAAUGAUACUCUGAUAGUUGAAGCUGAGGUUAAUUUUCAUAGGGCUGUAGAUAACUCUGAAACUGCUAAUGCUGCGGACAAUCAACAAGUGGAGGAUUCUGAAACUGCUAAGGCUGCGGAGGCCACCAAGUCCCGCACUGAGGUCAUUAUGUCCAGUCUGAGCGCUGAGGUUGCCUUAUGUUCUAGUAAGUUAGCAGAAGCAGAGGCAAAGCUGAAGAGUUAUGAAUCAUCUGAGGUGGAUCAUAACUCCAGAGUUGAAUCCCUGGAGGCUGAACUGAUCAAGAAGCAGGCAGAGAAUGAGGCUUUGAAGAACCAAGCUAUUGCUUCAGAGCAAAAAGCUUCCAGCUCCGAACAGAAGGCUCUUUUCCUGGAGGCUGAACUGAUCCGUAAUGAAGCAGAGAAUGAGGUUUCGAAGAACCAAGCUAUUGCUUCAGAGCAAAAAGCUUCUAGGUCUGAACAAAAGGCUCUACUUCUGGCGCGGAUGAUUCUGAAGCGGGAUAAGUACUCAAAGGAUUUGUCUGAUGCUGCUUCCAAGCUCAUUGAAGAUUCCAGUGGCUCUGGGGAGUCUAAGGAUCAGGGUGCUGAUCCACUUCCGUUCCCUUCUUCAAGCUAGCCAAGACCAAGCUCCGGAUCACUUGGACUUGGACUGCUUUGAAUAUGGUAUUUGUUUCAUAUCUACAGAGUACGCAGAAUAUUAAGAAUUUGCAUGUUGAGGUUUUGAAGUUCCAAAGCUGUUGCUUUAGAAAGAAAGCUUCCAACGUUGAACAUAAUGUUCUUGUGUUCUUAUAGUUUGAGAAAUGUAUGUAUGUAUUUUUAUUUUUAAACAUAGUAUCUGAAAAUAACAAUAUAUUUAUUUUCAUUAUCUUAUUAUAAAUGCGAAAUAUUU